AUGCCUUGCUUUAUACCAUAGGGCCGCCAUGAUUCCUACGUCUCCAGCGUGGUGACGUCAGGCGUAGACUGGACGUAAUGUGUCGUGAAAGGGGGAGGGCCUUCAGCGGACUGUUUUUAUUUAUUUCUUUGUUUCAUGUGCAUAAAACAUCAACAAUGGUGGAAAAUUGAACAAGUGUGCACAGGAGAAUGAACGAAUGACGUCUCUGUCACAGUAACCGGACCUAUAUCACAACUGAAUCAGCAAGGGGAGGAUGAAGCGGCGCAAUGCGGACUGCAGCAAACUCCGACGGCCGAUAAAACGGAACCGAAUCACCGAGGGUAUAUAUAGCAGUACCUUUUUGUACUUGAAGUUCUUAGUAGUGUGGGUACUGGUUCUGCUGGCUGACUUCGUGCUGGAGUUCCGAUUUGAAUACCUGUGGCCUUUCUGGCUGUUCAUCAGAAGUGUCUACGACUCCUUUAGAUAUCAGGGGCUGGCAUUCUCUGUCUUCUUUGUAUGUGUGGCAUUUACAUCAGACAUAAUCUGCCUCCUCUUUAUUCCGGUGCAAUGGUUGUUUUUUGCGGCCAGCACAUACGUAUGGGUCCAGUAUGUCUGGCAUACAGAGAGAGGAGUUUGUUUACCUACUGUAUCGCUUUGGAUCUUGUUUGUGUACAUUGAAGCGGCUAUCCGUUUUAAAGAUCUGAAGAACUUUCAUGUAGACCUAUGUCGGCCUUUUGCUGCUCACUGCAUUGGCUAUCCAGUUGUGACUCUUGGCUUCGGCUUCAAGAGCUAUGUAAGCUACAAGAUGCGAUUGAGGAAACAGAAGGAGGUGCAAAAAGAGAAUGAGUUCUACAUGCAGCUUUUACAGCAAGCCUUACCGCCAGAGCAGCAGAUGCUACAGAGACAGGAGAGAGAGGCAGAGGAAGCUGCAAUAAGCAAAGGAAUCUCAGAGGUGGAACCUGUUGUCAUAUCACAAAACGGAGGACCUCCAGGAAAGAAAAGCACUUCGGCCACAUUACCUGAACUAGAAUAUCGAGAAAAAGGGAAGGACAGUUCAAGAGAGGGCAAAAAACAUAACACAGUGGGUAUCAAUAACAACAGUAUUAUCCACACACUGGACUCCAAACUACAGGAGGCAGAGUACAUUGAAAACUACGUUGGGUCAAAAAAACUGAACAACGACCUGGCAGAAAACACACUUGCAGACAGCACUACUACUACACACUCUAAAGAGGAUAUGGGGGGCACGGGAAAGAACUACAAAAAUGCCAGUGGAGGCGGGGGUGCAAUUUCCAAUUCCCCGCCAAGAAAUCACAGUUCCUCAAAUGGGAGUGUCCCACAGGGAGGACCCGUAGCCAAUAAGAAUGAGAAGAAGCAGAAAGGAGCGGGAAAGGGUCAAAAGGAUCCUGUAGAGAACUGCAUCCCCAACAACCAACUGGGCAAACCAGAUGCCUUAAUACGGUUGGAACAGGAUGUGAAGCGUCUAAAGGCAGAUCUGCAGGCCAACAGGCAGCUGGAGUCAGAGUUACGCAGUCAGCUGUCCUCUCUGAGCAGCCAGGACCGCAGCCUCCGCUCGGAACUCAGCCAACUGCGCCAGGACAACGAGCUCCUCCAAAACAAGCUCCACAGUGCAGUGCAGGCCAAGCAGAAGGACAAGCAGACCAUCUCCCAGCUGGAGAAGAGGCUGAAGGCAGAGCAGGAGGCGCGUGCCCUGGCAGAGAAACAGCUGGCUGAGGAGAGGAAGAGGAAGAAGAUGGAGGAGGCCACUGCAGCGCGGGCUGUGGCUUUAGCGGCUGCCACAAGGGUGGAGUCCACUGAUACUCUCCGUGGACGUAUCAGAGAUUUGGAGACAGAGUGUAAGAAGCUCAGCAUUGAUAUGAAAGUAAAGGAGGAGCAGAUUCGGGAUCUAGAGGGCAAAUGUCAGGAGCUAAGAAAGUAUAAGGAGAAUGAGAAGGACACAGAGGUGUUGAUGUCAGCUCUGUCAGCCAUGCAAGAGAAGACCCAGCACCUGGAGAACAGCCUGAGUGCAGAGACCAGGAUCAAACUGGAUCUCUUCUCUGCUCUGGGGGAUGCAAAAAGGCAGCUUGAAAUCGCACAAGGCCAGAUCCACCAGAGGGAGCAGGAGAUCGCUGAGCUGAAGCAGAAGAUUGCAGAGGUGAUGGCUGUCAUGCCCAGCUUGUCAUACGCAGCAGAUGGCAGCAGCCUGAGCCCUGUCACUCCACACUACUCCUCCAAAUUCAUGGACAAUAGCUCCUCCUCCCUGGACCCCAACGCCUCAGUCUACCAGCCUCUCAAAAAGUGACUCUGAGACACAGUCAGAAUCAUUGGCUGUUAACUUUAUUUUGGUAAAACUUCUGGAUUGGGUUUUUGUGCGUGUUUACAAGUUUAUAUGUUAUUUGACAUGCAGAAAUUGUUGUUUUUUUAGACUUAGAUUGUCAUUUUUGGAAUUUGGGGAUUGAGCCAUUACUAUACAGUGUUGAAAAUUGAACAAGGGAAUAUGUUAAUUCUUGGUUUACAGUUUACAGCAACCAUUUUGUUUACAUUUUACUUUGAAUCAAGACAGAAGCAAUGUUUUAAUUUUGUAGCUGUUUGCCUGUACAGUAGAAUCCCUUGAGAGAUACAUGAAUGUACAAUUAUUCAUGUUUGAUAUUUCCAUCAACAAAACCAGUGAUUGUUUUUGCAACAUUUUGAUUUAAUUACUGUAGUGGGCAUUUUCAGAAACGUACAAUAGUCACUAAUUGUUCUACAUACAUACCAGUCCAUUUACAGUCUCAUGCUGGCUCAAAUUACCAAAUCAAGAUAUAUUUUUGUCCUAAAAAUAUUAGAUUGGACCUGGCACUGCCAAAAUGUCACAGUUACAUUGCAUUACUAAUUGCUGCAGACAUCUCACCACUCUCCGUCUGGACCAAAUUCAAACCUGCUAAGGCCAUACAGAUCAUUGGAUUAAAUGAUGUCUAGGUAACAAGCUGUUACCAAUACUUGCACUGCCAAAACUGAUAUCUACAUUAAUUACAAAGCACUUCAAUUUAGAAUAUUGAUUUGAGAUUUUUAAUAUAUAUAUAUAUUUAGUUAGCUAUAACUAUUGAAGUCUGACCAUUUAAAUCUUUUUUUUUUUUUUUUUUUUUUUUUUUUUACUGUGGCAAAAGAUUUUUUUUUUUUCAUUGACAGACUUUUUGUUUUAUUUUUAAAAAAUUUUCUUGAUUUUUAAUUUUUUUUAUUUUUAUUUUUUUAUGUAGAUCAAACUGAAUACAUCUAAACUAGUAAAAUCUACUUAUCAAAUAAUGUGUAAAUUCUGAAUUGAAGCUAUUAUAUAAUAAUGUAGAUAUCAUUUUUGCAGUGUGCAGAUGUACAGUGCCUUCUGAUUUCUCUUUGUACAACAGUGAAACCACAUCCUUGGAAUCCAAAAGCAUCAAUCAAUAAUUACACAAUUUUUCUAUGUACCAAUGUAUAACGUCUGAUAAGCAUAUCUUAAACAAUUCAGUAUUAAGGCAAAAUAAUUAAAAAUGUCAACUUGUAUAUUUGACAUAAUGGAUUGUUUUACAGUGGACAAGUGUCUGUAUUUUAGCCUCAAAGGAUAGACAUAUCACUGGGUAAGAUACACGAGAUUUUACAGUCUUGGUAUGCCAAACACUAAUGAUUUAUUUCUCUAUCGCCCAAAAGCUGGCAUUUAGUUGUUUACAAUGUACAUUAUUACUGAAGAAUGUUUUCUUUGAUUUCAAUUUUCAGGUCAAAAGUGUUGAUGUUCAUUUUUCCAUCUAUACAUUUUAUCAGUGUAGCUAGCCUAAUGUUUGCAAUAGAGUGCUGUUUCUUUGUCAUUUGAACUUGUUUGGAUGAUGUCGUGUUUACAAGGUUUUGGGCUGGAUAUGAUUAGGCAACAGAUGUUUAGAACGAUUGUGUUGGCACUUUAAUUUAUUUCCUAUAGACAUUGGAUUAUUGAGUGGCACAUCUUUGGUAUAUUCACAUUGUAUUCAGUUGAUUUCCUUAUAUUUUCUAUCUGGAAGGAUUCUGUGAAUGUUGUGUUGGGAAUGGUCACCCCGUUCCACCAUGUUGUGCUGUCAUUUUGCCUACCUGGAAAAGUAGUUUGUGGAUCGCUCUGGCGUUGUGAAUUCAGUAUUUGAGUUGUUUCUACCAGUUUUUAUUAGAACGAAAAAGAAAGUAAAAAGUGCUUUGUUUAUCAUUGUUCCACUUCGUUUAUUUUCUUUCUUUUAAGUGAUGGUGACUGUGUCUCCUUUCACUUUCAUCACAUAUUAAAGAAAGUUUUGCUGGUGGCAAUACAAACUUUUCAAUUUAUAUCUGUUUUAUAUGAAUGCUCUAUUUUGACAAACACAUUUUCUUAAAUUGGUAAAUGAUAACUUGGGAUGCAUUGCUGGGUUUUAGAUGGCAUCACAAUAUUCUAUAGGCCAAUAAUAUUUAACACAGAUGGAACGGCUAAAGUGAAUAUUGAUAAAAUAAAGAUUUUUUUUGUUGUAAUACGGUGAGUUCUUAGGUCUAGUUACUAAUAGAAAUGAUCAGGUUCAACAUUUGUGAAUUUACCUUUUGAAUAUUUCAUGACAAAGUAUAAUGUAAUCAAUGUGGAAAACUGUCUCUUGCCUCCAAUCUGAUGGUUCAUCCCAUCUAUAA